ACUGACGUUAGUGGGGGAUGGGCACUAUUGUUGCAGGAAGUGAAUGGGACAGAGUUGGGAGCAAUGGAGGCAAACUGCAGCAACCUGACGGAGAAGAUUUUACAGCUCACCCUGGAGAUCAUCUACCUGCUGACCGGGGAGAAUAACAUAGUUGCGAAGAAGACACCAGGAGAUGAACAGAACCCCAUUACAGUUCCUCUACAUUCCUUACUGGUUCCAGAAAGAAACGAUGAAAAAAAGAUUUUACAAGUCGCCCAGAAGAUCACUGACCUCCUGGCAGGAGAGGGUGAAAACUCCGGCAAUUUUAAUGUUAGUAUCAGAGAAAAUAUAAAUGAAGGCGAGCCGAAGGAUAGUGUGACGAAGGAGCAGGAGUGUUUAGAAGGACACAAGGAUCUCAACAAGAACGUCAUGAUGGAGAAUCAGCCGCCCCUCACAUCACCGGAUGGAUCCAGUAACAAAAAAAACAAAAAAAGACGUCCCCGUCCUCGGAAAACCCGAAGAUCCACACGGAAAGAUCACACCGUCCCUCACCAUGAUCAGGUUGAAGAAGUGAUGGGUAUAAAAAUUGUGAUUAAAGAGGAAGAAGAAAUGUUUUUGAUAGAUGAUCAGUUGUCUAUAAAUGAAGAUGAAAUAAUGGGGACAAUGACCAAGGGGGAAUCUUCUGUAAAGGACAGCACAGGAGGCCACAGAAGCUGGAAUGCCCCAGAGGGACGUCUCGUUUUAUCUGCAAAUUGUAAUAAAGAAGAUCUUGGCAUGGCAUUGUAUUCUUCAGGAAAUAGCAUUGUUAAUAAAAAUAUACAUGAAAAAUUCAAUACUUUGGGUUGCGAGAGAUGUUUCAGAAUAAAAGCUAACCGGCUAAUUCCCGUCCUCGAAAGACCCUAUUCCUGUUCCCAGUGUGAAAAGUCCUUCUCGAGGAAAUCAGGACUUGCCCAACACCAGAUAAUCCACACUGGGGAAAAGCCCUGUCCGUGUCCUAUAUGUGGAAAGUGUUUCAUCAACAAAUCGCAACUCAAUAGACACAACAUAGUCCACACCAAGGCAAGGCCCUUUUCCUGUCCUCAUUGUGGAAGGGGCUUCCCCCAUAAAGGGAACCGUGAUAAGCACUUGAUGAUUCACACCGGGGAAAAGCCGUUUGUUUGUUUAGAAUGCAACAAAUGUUUUGCCCAGAAAGCGGGACUAAUCAUCCACCAGAAAAAUCACGUCACCUGAGACCUAUGAAGAACAAAUGGAGACGUUCCAUUGGCUGAACCGUUAUGACCUUAGAACAACCAUACAAUAAAAUGAGACAGUCCGAAAGGAUCAGCCAAGCCAAAUGGAAUAUCUUUAGUUUUAUUAUUUUACACAGUAAAUUUUUUUCAUUUAUAAUUUUAUUGUACAUUUUUUAUGGCUUAGUUUUGCUAAAAAAUAAAAAAAAAAUCCUUUCUUCGUUCUGGGGAUACAGAUACCAUAACACAGCAGAGACCUUCGCUAUCAAUAACCUUCUCUAUUCUGUCAGAAAAAUAACAAAAAAGUUUUGUACGGAUUUCCACUUUAUAUACUAAAGUUCUCUGGGAACAAUGGGUGGGGUUUUGGGCUGUCCUUUUUUUU